AUGGCUACAGCUAUGCAGGCAACAGCCAAGGCAUUAGGUAAUCAAAUAAACCAGGGUAAUCACGAGAACAAUAAUGAUGAGGACGGUCCUAUGACACUUGCUACAUUUCUGAAAGUUUACCCUCUGACCUUUAGGGGGACCUCAAAUCCCGCUGAUGUAGAUAAUUGGAUUCAGGCUAUGGAAAGGGCGUUGCAGGCUCAACAGGGAACACGACGUAUCCUGCAGCCUGAUGGUGCUGCGAUUCCUUGGGAGGUCUUCCGAACAGAAUUCUAUAAUAAAUACUUUCCUAAUUCAGCCAGAAAUGCUAAGGACCUUGAAUUAAUGCAGUUAAAGCAGGGACAUAUGACUGUUGCUGACUAUACUAGUAAAUUUGAGGAGUUAUGUCGCUUUUCUCGUAUCUGUCAAGGUGAGCCUGAAGAUUUUGCUAAAUGGAAGUGUAUUAAAUAUGAGGGAGGUCUUCGGAGCGAUAUUCUGAGCUUCGUUGCCCCAAUGGAGAUUAGAAUAUUUUCUGAAUUGGUGAAUAAGAGUAGGGUGGCUGAAGAUUGUGUGAGAAAGGCGGCAGUAGAGAAAGGAAGUUUGAGGGUGCCUUUUCAGAGGCUUUCAGGGAGGAACUUUGCUCCGAGAGGUAGGAAUUUCAAGCGUGAAGGCUUUGUUUCACAGCAGACUCAAGGCCAGGGUAAUUACAGAAAGCCGAAUACUAAUGUUAAUCAGGGAAGAAGGUUUGGAAAGCAACCACAGCAGGAUCCGAACUGUUAG